AUGGCGGUGGGCGCAGUGGCGGGCGGUGCGGGAGGCGGGCGGGGCGGGAAGGAGGCGGGCGGGGAGAAGGCGGCGAGCACGGCGCGGCUGCUGCGCACCGUGCUGAGCUGGGACUUCUUCCACAUGCUCGCACUCUCCAAGGUAUUCAGCAGUGCAGAGGAGUAUGUGGACGUGUUUGAACGCCUGCUGCUGGAGGAAUGCCGCGCGCAGAUCCUCAGAGGGGCGGAGGAGCAAGGGGACAUGGAGAGUCAUCUGGUGGUGGCGGUGCGCUGUGAGAGGGCCAACGAGUUCCACAUGGUGGGGGUGGCGUCCAAAGAGGCCCUCGUGGCGGACUGCCAUGACAACGACCUGCUGCUGCUCUCCAAGGAAAAGCCAUGGGGCGGCAGCGCACUACCCAGCACAUACGCCAUCGCCAGUGUGGAGUCCCGCGAGACCAAAACGUCUCUGCGCCUGCGACUGUGCCUGGAGGACCCCUGGCAGUGGGCGGACCCAGGGGGCCCACCCAGCACCGCAGCAGCAACAGACGAGGAGCAGGCCGCAGAAACAGGGCCAGGGGGGGCGGGCACAGAAGCAGGACCGCCCCAGGGGAAGGCGCAGGGGAAGGGGAGGAGGUGGGGGGUGCGGCAGCGGGCGCGGGCAAACCGGAUGCUGUCGUUCCUCAUGGGAGCGGCAGCAACAGGGGGCAGUGCGUGUUGGGUGAGCAAGCUGUGCAACACGUCCACCAUCUCCCGCGAGUAUGCUGCCCUGCGCUCCGCCCCCUCCCUGCCCUACAUCCGCACCGUCCUCGCCUCCCACAUGCCCGGCCACGCACACGGCCAGGCCGGCACGGGAGGAGCAGGAGGAGCAGGAGCGGGAGGAGGAGGGGAGGAAGAGGAGGAGGGAGGUGCGGGCGGGGGGCAGGGGAAGCAGCAGCAGUGGCGGGUACCGGAGGGGCUGAUGGAGCAUCUGAGCGCCAGCCACAACGAGUCGCAGCUGAGAGCCAUCAAGGGCGGGCUGUCCCGCCGCCCCCUCGUGCUCAUCCAGGGGCCGCCUGGGACCGGCAAGACGCAGGCCAUUCUGGGGCUGCUCAGUGUGGUGCUGCAUGGCCGGCCGGCGCAUGAAAUGGGCGAUGCCGGCAGCAGCACAGCAGUGGUAGGGGCUGGUAAUGUGAAGCCACGACACCCCACCGUCCUCCCUGCCUUUUCCUUUUUCCCCCACCGCCCUUCACCCUGCUCCAGCAACGGCGCCCAGCACAUCACGCACAUGACACGGCUGACAUGGCAGCAGCGGCAGCAGGAGUGGGUGCGCGCGUCCCCCUGGCUACACGGGGUGAACCCGCGAGAAGCUGUGCAGCCAGACGAUGAGGAGGAGAGCGGUGCAGGGAGCUCAGGUGGCGGUGUGUUUGGCAGCACACAGCAGGUGGAGGUGUUGGGGGGCCAUCGCAAGCAGAGGGCGCACGUGCUCGUGUGUGCGCCGUCCAACGCUGCUCUCGAUGAGAUCGUGCUGCGCCUGCUGCACACAGGGCUGAGGGACGACAGUGGAGGCAUGUAUUCACCGUCGGUGGUGCGCGUGGGGCUCAAUGCUCAUCAUUCCGUCGCCUCCGUCGCCAUGGACAACCUGGUGCGUGGAGGCAUGUACUCGCCAUUGGUGGUGCGAGUGGGCCUCAACGCUCAUCACUCCAUCGCAUCUGUUGCCAUGGAUAACCUGGUGGGUGGGAUGCAUGUGAUAUGCAUGUGUGGCGGUAUGUAUGGUGGAACAUGUGACUGCAUGGUAUCUCAGCGCGCCAGCAGCAUGGCACGGUCAGCAGCGGGGGUGGGAGCCAAGACAGCAGGGGCAGGCGGGGUGGAGCGCGACAGAAUACGAGUUGCCAUUCUCGAUGAGGCUGCCAUUGUGUGUUCAACACUCGCCUUCGCAGGGUCAGGAGUCUUCUCGCGCAUGUCACGGCCAUUCGACGUGGUGGUCAUAGACGAGGCAGCUCAGGCGGUGGAGCCGUCAACGCUCAUCCCAAUGACACACGGGUGUUCGCAGGUGUUCAUGGUGGGGGACCCUCUGCAGCUGCCUGCCACUGUGCUCUCAACACGUGCCGUGCACUACGGAUGCCCUGCUCCUGCUGCCAUCCCACAACCGCCCACCCAACCACUCUCAACUCAACCGCAUCCCACCAUCUCCCCUGCUUGCCCGCCCCACCAGAUCCGGCAGUUCCCCUCGCACGAGUUCUACGGCGGGGCAUUGAGGGACGCGCCGCAGAUGGCGCAGAACACGGCGCGGCCGUGGCACGCUGAGCGCGUGUUUGGGCCGUUCUUCUUCUUCGACCUGCACCAGUCCAAGGAUGAACAGCCUCCGGGAGGCUCGUGGAUGAAUGCGGACGAGGCGGAGUUUGUGAUGGUGCUGUACCGCCACCUGGUGGCUUUAUACCCGCAACUCAAGGAGUCCUCUGAUGUCGGUGUCAUCUCCCCGUACAAGCACCAGGUGAAGCUGCUGCGAGACAAGUUCCGCGAGCUGCUGGGCGAGGGGGCUCACAGGGUGGAUGUCAACACUGUCGAUGGGUUCCAGGGCCGAGAGAAGGACGUGAUAAUCUUCUCGUGUGUGCGGGCGGGGAGGGGCAAGGGCAAGAGCAUUGGGUUUCUGUCGGACUAUCGGCGCAUGAAUGUCGGCAUCACCCGCGCCCGCUCCUCCAUGCUCGUGGUGGCGAAUGCAGCAGCGCUGAUGGUGGACGAGCAUUGGGGCAACCUGGUCAAGCAUGCACGCUCCACCAACCGAUACCUCAAGGUAUCGCGCCCCUUCCACCGCAUCUUCGCCAGUGACCACCUGGAGAAGAUGAGAGCACUGGCUCAAGCCGAGGGCGAUGGGGAGGGAGCGCCAGGAGCAGCAGCAGGAGGAGGAGGCACAGCAAUAGGGCCUGCUUUCAAAAGAGCGCCCACUUUGGAGGAUUACGGGGGGAAGCUGGACAAGGGGGAUGGGGGGGUGGGUGGGGAGGGGGAUGGGGUGGCAGAGGGGGAAGGGGAGGAGGAGGAGGGGGAGGGGGCGAUGGGGGAGGAGGAGGAGUUUGAGGUGGCGGUGGAGGCGGGGGACUUUGAUGAGGACAACAUCGAUGGCGAGGGCCCUUCUUGGUGA